AAAAGAAAUAGAAAAUGAUGUUAAAAAAAAAGAAAAAUCAGAUCAGUUACUACUUCUAUUUUCCAUUACAAACAUAAAGUGGAUUUCUAGUGAGAGAGAGAGAAUGGAGAUAGUCAAGCCUCAAUGGAAGAAACCUCUUCCAUCUGCAAACGACGUAGUUUCCACCCUCCCUCUCUACCGCUCCGCUCCCCCUCUCGAAGUCAGAUUGGAAGAUUUCGAGCUCUACGCCAUCGAUCGCCUCCGCGUUUUAAAAGGUGUAUCUGACGGACUUUCUCGCGGAAAAAGACCGGAAGAAAUGGAGAAAUUAGUAAAAGAUUUGUGGAAAGCAAAUAUGAGGCAUCCACUGCCAUCUGAAGUUACUAACAAAGAUAUCAUAUCUCACUUCGUUUUACGUCUCGUCUAUUGUAGAACAGAGGAGCUGAGGAAAUGGUUCCUUUCCAAUGAGAUUGCACUUUUUAGAUACAGAUUUCGGCUUCUAUCCCCCGAAGCUCAGAGGUUGCUUAUGGCCGAGUUUGAUCUUCCAUACAAGCCUGUUACCACUGCAGAAUUUGAGGGUGUAAAGGAAAAACUGCAUCUAGUUGCCCGAUCAACUGGUCAGCUUAAACCCACUGCAUCUGAUGCCAUAUUCUACAAGGUACCAUUUGAAGAAGUUCCUGAACUUGUGGCUGGUCGUAGAGUCUUCAUCUGCAAAGGCUAUGCUUAUGUUGCUAUGAAUCAGGUUGUUUCCCUUGUUGUUACCCAGUUCCGCGGUCUUCUAUCAAAAGCACUUGUUCUAACAAACAGAAAAUGGACAUCUACCAUCAGAGAACAAGAGAAGGAUCGCCUAACUCCUAUCGUGGAAACCCUAUGCACAAGCUAUCUGGGUCCUGACUAUUCUCAGCCCAAAGAAUUUGCUGAAGUAUCAAUUAAAGACAUUGACCAAGUAGCUAAGAGUUCAUUUCCCCUGUGCAUGCGUCACCUGUUUGAAAAACUCAGAGAAGAUCAUCAUUUAAAGCAUGGAGGGAGGAUGCAAUUGGGUCUCUUUCUCAAGGGUGUCGGAUUGAAAUUAGAUGACGCUCUUGCAUUCUGGAAAGCAGAGUUCUCCCAAAAGGUUGGAGCUGAGAGGUUUGACAAAGAAUAUGCAUACAGCAUUCGCCACAAUUAUGGAAGAGAAGGGAAGAGAACAGAUUAUACUCCUUAUUCCUGUCAAAAAAUAAUCUCAUCAACUCCUGGUGUCGGAGAUCAUCAUGGUUGUCCCUAUCGACAUUUCAGUGAGGAAAACUUGAGGGCUGCACUCAGCAGAAUGGGUGUAAAUAGUGGUGCAAUGGAGAAUGUAAUGGAUAAAGUGCGAAACAGACAUUAUCAGUUGGCUUGCACGUUAACAUUUGAAUCUAUUCAUGGUUCGUCAUAUGAUGCUGGGAUUAAUCAUCCUAACCAAUAUUUCAGUGACAGCCAAAAGUUUUUCAAAUCUAAGAACAAUCCCUCUGGACAAGGAGAACCUUUGGACGACCGAUCACCUAUAUAGUUGUGUUCUGGUAUGUCAAGGCCUACGCAAAGGCAGAGACAGGGUGGAUUUCAAUUGAACUAAUUUUUCGGUGUCACCUGCAUUCUCAAGAACUGACCAAUUGGAACACAGAAGUGGUUGGCCCACCAUUUUCGCUCCAUAAAUUGGUUGGGUGGUUUAGCUGGAGGAUAUCCCACCUGGAACUUGGAAGGGCCAUGGUUUGUUGUCGAGUGAAAAAUUGUGAAAGAUGAUGUAUUAUGUGUUAUAGGAGUUUCCUUAACAAACAGAAGUUUAGACGAAAAAAUUGAAGAAGUAGAAGAAAUUGAGGGAUAGAGUUAAGAGUUUACACUGCUAAAAUGUCCAGUCUUACUGCUUAAUGAGCAUUUGUAAUGCUUUUAUACAUUUUAUUCCAGCUGCUAAGCACCUCUAACUGUUUCUAACUA